AUGGGUGACUGGAACCUACUGGGCAGCAUCCUAGAAGAGGUCCACAUUCAUUCCACCAUCGUGGGCAAGAUUUGGCUUACCAUACUCUUCAUCUUCCGCAUGCUGAUCCUAGGCGCAGCUGCUGAGGACGUAUGGGAUGAUGAGCAGUCUGAGUUUGUCUGCAACACUGAUCAGCCAGGUUGCAAAGCAGUCUGCUAUGACCGUGCCUUCCCAAUCUCUCUCAUUCGCUUCUGGGUCCUGCAGGUCAUCUUUGUCUCUGCACCCUCACUGGUCUACAUGGGCCACGCUCUCUACUGCAUCCGAUCGCUGGAGAAGGACCGCCAUCGCAAGAAGGCCCAGCUAAAGGAGGAGCUGGAUGAGGCUGAGUUGGCAUUGGACGAACAUAAGCGCAUGGAGAGGGAGCUACGGAGACUGGACGAACAGAGGAGGGUGAAGAAGGCUCCUCUCAGAGGCUCUCUGCUGAGAACCUACAUCAUCCAUAUCCUUACACGCUCUGUGGUGGAGGUCUGCUUCAUCCUGGGCCAGUAUAUUCUCUAUGGGAUCCAGCUGGAGCCACUGUAUAAGUGUGAGAGGCUGCCUUGCCCAAACAGUGUUGACUGUUACAUCUCCAGGCCCACAGAGAAGACCAUCUUCAUGGUCUUCAUGAUUGCCAUUGCUGGUGUGUCACUUUUCCUCAACAUUCUGGAAAUAUCCCACCUGGGCAUAAGGAAAAUCAAACAGACACUCUAUGGAGAAAGGUACACAGAAGAUGACACUUUGAGUUACAAGAAGAAGGCAUCCUUAGCACAACUCUGUGUAAUGAGCAAUGUUUCGCCGCACAAUGGGCCUUUGACUCAAACCUUCAAAGUGAUCCCAGAGGCAGACAUGAAGCCUCCUUAUUACAACACUGUGCUCAAAGCCAACCAGAACGCAACAAGACACAACAGCUUGGCUCAUCUUGGAUACAGUCAAACCAGUUAUAUCUGCCCCCAUCCAAUGAUGCCACCCAGGUCUGGCCAGAACUGUGCAAUUGAAGCCCCCCUAACACACGAAGGUCCAGAGGUCUGCACAGCUAUGGUGGACCCGCAUCCAGCCUGGGCUUCUGCUGUGUCUAAUGUGGAGGGAAGUAUAACAAGUCAUAACGAGGAUCCUCAUGAAGGAGAACACCCUCAUCCCAGCCAUUUUGAAGCUCUGCUGUCUACUAGCGCCUUAAGGCCCAGCACUUUUAGAGAUCUGAAUGAGGAUAGGCAAAAGGAGUCAAUGGGGAGCCAGGUGUUGAUCCCCAACCCCAGGAAGACCAGCUUCAUGAUCAGGCCACCAUCUGAGAGCUUGUCCUCCAUCAGUGGCUCCACGAGCCCUUCCUUACAUACCUCAGAGGAGUCAGACGAACUGGGCUCCCUGCAGGGAGACAUGCCUAUGAUGCCGCCUCCCGGAGGACGGAGGAUGUCAAUGGCAAGUAAAGAGCUGAGAUUGCCUCAUGUGUCCAAAUGA